CUUAGAAUCUGGGGUAGUUUCCCACAGCUGUUCCUGUUAUGAUGGAUUAUUGUAUAACUUUGAUGAUGAAAGAGUUCAUAAGACAGGAGUUCACUUUCACUUUCAGUGUCUGCAGCCUUUAAAUAGCCUGCUGCUUACUGCUUUUGCCAUCAUUGCCAAAUUGGUUUGCAGAGGAUCCUUGACUGUCAGCGAAACUACGAGUAUACUGAUCUUGUGAAGCCACUUGACCAUGGAUUCCCCAAUGUGCCUCGUUAAAAACACUGACGGAGAGCUUUGCGUAGAACCAGAGGCCAUCAACUACCUGAAGGGACUGAAACAGAAAGUCGUUGUUGUGUCUGUGGUCGGGCUGUAUCGCACCGGAAAGUCCUACCUCAUGAACAAGCUGGCUCAGAAGAGAAGUGGUUUUGCCCUUGGAGCCACCAUCCAGUCUAAGACUAAGGGCAUCUGGAUGUGGUGUGUCCCUCAUCCUGAAAAAACAGACCACACCCUGGUGCUGCUGGAUACAGAGGGGCUGGGGGACGUGGAGAAGGGGGAUUCUAAGAAUGAUGCCUGGAUCUUCUCGCUGGCCAUUCUGUUAAGCAGUACUCUGGUCUACAACAGUCGAGGGACCAUCGACAAUGAUGCUGUGGAGAAGCUUCAAUAUGUGAACGAGCUGACAGAGAUGAUCAAGGUGAAGUCUUCCACUGUCGAUGAGGAGGAAGGAGAGGGCACACAGUUUAUGCAGUUCUUUCCUAAUUUUGUGUGGACCGUCAGAGAUUUCACUCUACAGCUCGAGAUAGACGACAGAGAAAUCACUCCAGACCAGUAUCUGGAGAAUUCCCUGAAACUCAAGACAGGUACUAGUAAAAAGAUCAAUGUCUACAACGCUCCACGAGAGUGCAUCCGGAACUUCUUCCCCUCACGCAAGUGUUUUGUGUUCCCCUCGCCAACAACUCCUGACAACAUGCACCGACUGGACUCCAUGGACGAGGCUGAGCUUUCUGAACGCUUCAGAGAGGUCGCAGAUACUUUCUGCCGCUUCAUUUUCCAGGAGAGCCGUAUGAAGACUGUUAUAGGGGGACACACAUUGACUGGAGAGAUGCUAGGCCACUUGGUCAACACCUAUGUGGAGACCAUUGCCAAAGGCAAUGUGCCCUGUCUGGAGAAUGCUGUGUUGGCCAUGGCUAAAAUUGAGAACCAGGCUGCUGUGGUUGAGGGCCUGGCGGUGUACCUGAAGGGAAUGGAGGAUGUGAAGGCCUUAUUCCCAGUGGACAUCAAUCAGCUGUCAGAGAACCAUCUUCGCUCAGAGACCCAGGCCACAAAGGCGUUCAUGAAGCGAUCCUUCAAAGAUGAAAAUUGGGAAUUCUUGAAAGCUCUUGCGGAGGUCAUUAGCAACCACUCCGCCGACCUUUUCAAACAGAACAAGGAUGCCUCAGAGAAGAAGUGCAAGGAUCUUCUGGAGAAUCUGUCUGCUCAGAUGGAUCAGGGGAUGAAGGCGGGGACGUACGCCACACCAGGAGGCUAUGGGCUUUACUGCAAUCACCAUGACAACAUAGUGGCACAGUACCGGGCCGAGCCCAACAAAGGAAUCAGGGCUGAGGAGGUUCUGGAGCAGUUCCUGAAGGACAAGAGUGCAGAUUCCAACUUCAUCCAGCAAGCUGACAAAAAACUGACUGAAAAUGAGAAAGAAAUCCAAGCUGAGAAGAAGAAAACAGCUGAGCUGGAGCAGGAGAAGGCAGCAUUCAGGGAGCAACAGUCAGAGAUGGAGCGCACCAUUGAGAACAAUCGCAUUAGCCAGGAGAAGUACUUGAAGGAGAUGAAAGAGAAGAUGGAGGAGGAGAGGAAGCAACAGCAGCAGGAGUUCAACAGGAUGCUGGAACGCAGGAUGCAGGAGCAGAAAGAUCUCCUGGAGAAGGGCCAUAAGGAGAAGGCUGAGCUAAUGAGACAAGAGAUCUUGGAGAUUAAGAAGAGGGAUGAAUUGGAAAGGGAGGCCUAUAUCAAGAAUACCCAGAAUCAGAAGGCUCUGCUGGAUGACUACAAGAAGCAGGCUGAGGAACAGAAAGAACAGAUGGAAAUGUUAAUAAGGGUGAUGAACAAUAGACCACAGCCCUGCAUACAAGUUGUUGAAAGACUUCCUCAAGAAGCCUGUAUCCUAAUGUGAUCCACUCCACCUUGAAUUCCUGACUAUGAAAUGUAAACUGAUAUUGAGUCUUGAAGCGUUGAAGUGUUUGUCUUCUAUAGCCAUCAUUCUUUUUUAUCUAACCCUGCUGGUUUUCUAUGAAAGCUGAUGUGUAAAGGGCUUAAUAAAAACAUUUGAUUGAGUGA